UUAUGAAGAGGUGGGGCUAUCUUGACAAAUAGGAGGCCAGGAAUCAUGUUUUGGGAACAGGGCUUUGCUUCUUGGAUACUUGUCCCACCUUGAGUGUCCAUUUGCCACCAAGUCUUGUUUUGGCCUCAACAUGUGUGUAUGAAAUAGAUGUGUCCACAUCUCAGUAACAUCACCCAGAUCAGAAGUUGGGAACUGCCUGGAGGUGCUUGUGCCACCAACAAGGAUAAUGCUCAAGGAUGCACCAUAGAGCCCCCAGUAUAUAAGAAAGGGGAGACCCAGGAAGCUUUCAAGGACGUUUGCGUGGUUGCACUGCCUGGUACACUUCCCUACCCACCCAGCUGAGCUCCACCUCUUAUCGUCAGCAACAGACAUCCACCUUGGAAGCCUGUCCAGACAAAGGACUUGGUCCUGUCCAACUUCACUGUACUAGGUUCUGCCCAAAGCCACACCCAUAAGUUUUUCUCCUUUGCUCUCUUUCUCUCACUUUCUAUGUGAAUAAAGCCUGUUAUUGUUUCUACCCCAUGUGUCUGCUUUUGGAUCACGUCCUUAAGUGUGUUGGUGAGGACCCGCUAACUGGGACAAAUGGCUCCCCUGGAUUUGUUCAGGCACAGAUCUGGUCUCAGUACAAAGUAGGGGUUCAGAAAAUGCCCAAGGAGUAAGAUACUGAGGCUGCUUCCAGGCACUUGGAAAGGGGGAUUUUGGGGUCCCCUCUGAGCUCAGAGUGCCAGCCUUCUGCUAAUGAUAGACAAUAUGUAGCCACCAUCUGUGUCCUGCUGCUCUCCCUACCCCCCCCCACCUCCAGGUUGCCUUCUAGAAUCUCCAGCCCCCAGGAUCAAGUGGUGAUUGGUCAGAACUUGAUCCUGAGUCACAAAGCCACCGUGACACCAGGGUCCCAAGGCUGGCAAUUCGGGCUGGUGGGUUCAGCUUCAGGGGCAGGCAAAGCUGACCCUCUUAGGAACCAAGACAAUGCAGCAAGCAACACAGCGACCGUUGUCAUCCAGUGAGCAGAACUCCUACCAGCCCCAACACACCCCCGAUCUCCAAGACAAAGCAGAGACGCUGCAGCCACACCCCCAGCAUAAGCCAUCGAUGAACAAGGAGACCGCUGUACAACAGCCGGCCACAGACAAGACAAUGUCUCACCAUAUCCCACGCCUCCGGACUGUGGUUGAGAGCCAGGCCUUCAAGAACAUCCUGGUGGACGAGAUGGACAUGAUGCUGUCCCGGGCAGCCACCCUCAUCCAAGCCAGCUGGAGAGGGUAUCAGCUCCGGCAGAAGUUGACCUCACAGAUGAUGGCAGCUAAGUCCAUCCAGGAGGCCUGGCGACGCUUCAACACCAGGCGCCUCCUCCGGUCGGGCAGGGCAGUGGGGAAGAAAGUAAGCGUGGAGGAAAAGGACAUCCCCUACCACCCUCCGCAGCAAGUGCGCUUCCAGACUCUGGGAGAGGGUAAGUCCCUUCCGGCCCAGCCUGUCAUGAUAAGCAAGGAGACCCAAUUCCCUUCCAAUGACACUCUGGCCACUCUGGCCACCCAGGUGACCCCGCCACCGCCCCAGGGUACUCCACAGGUAGGCAUGCAAACCCCUUAUGCUGCCGGAAGUUCUGGUGUCACCUUCCUGCCACACCAGACCACUGCCAUCAGGCUUCCAUGUCCAGAAGCAAAGUGCCUGCUGACAAGAACCAUCAGAAGUGCCUGUCUUGCCCACCAUGUAGAAGGGGACAUGGUGAAGACCAAGCAAAUAACUACCAAAACCAACAAGGCAGGAACCUCUGGGCCACCACCAUCUGGAAAGUAUGUGCAGGCAGUUCAUGGACCGCUCAAGACCCACGUGGGAUCAGAAGUCAAAACCCUUCCCCAGAAAGACACAGUACCUGUGAUAGCCAAGACACCAGCCCAGUCGAGCCCAGUGCCCACAGUAGCAAUUACCAAAACUCCCCUCCAGACAUACCCAGUAACCAAGACCCCACCCCCGCCAUGCCCAGUGCCCAUGAUAACAAUAACCAAGACCGCUACCCGGCCAUGCCCAACCACCCUGGUGGCCAAGGCCCCACCCCAGACAUGCCCGACAUCCACAGUGACCAAGAUCCCAUUCCAGUCAUGCCUGGUAGCUACAAUGACCAAGACCCCACCCCAGACGUGCCCACCCGCCAUAAUGACCAAGAUCCCACCCCACAUGUGCCUGCCAGCCACCAUGACCAAGACCCCACCCCAGACAUGCCCACCAGCCAUAAUAACCAAGACUUCAUUCCAGACAUGUCCACCAGCCACAAUGACCAAGAUUCCACUCCAGACAUGCCUAGCAGCCAUGAUGAACAGGAUCCCAACCCUGCCAUGCCCAGUGCCUGAGAUGACAAUAACCAAGACCGCUCCUCUUAUACACCCACCACCCACAAUGGCCAAAGUGCCUCUUCAGCCCUGCCCAGUGGCCCCGAUGACCAAGACUCCAGCUCAGACACAACCAACAGCCCCAAUGACCAACACUCCAAUCCAGACUCAGCCAGCAGCCAUGGUGACCAAAUUCCCACCCCAGAUAUGCCUAUUAGCCUCGAUGAUUAAACCCCCACCCCAGACACGCCCCACAGCCAUGAAGACCAAGACCCCGCCCCAGACAUGCCCAGUGACUGGGAUGGCCAAGACCCCAGCUCAGACUCACGUGGCAUCUACGUCGGCCAAGACCACAGUGCAGACAGGCAGAGUGGUCACAAUAACCAAGACCCCAUCUCAGAUGCCUCCAGGGCCCUUACUGACCAAGACCCCUCCCCAGACGCGCCUGGCAGCCAUGAUAACCAAGACCCCAGCCCAGCUGCGUUCAGUGGCCACCAUCCUCAGGACCCUAUGCUUGCCUCCUCCAGCGGGUGGAAAUCUGAAGGCUCCGCCUACAGCAGCGGGUGGAAUUCCCAACACCUCAUCCCAUACUUGUCUGAAUGGACCAAAGGCCAAAUCUGUGGUGACUGCCAGGCAGGUGGUAGGGAUGACCAAAAUCUCAUCCCACUCAUGCCUGACAGAAGGGAAAGCAAAAUACUGUCCCGAGCCCCAACUGGGGGCCGGCACUUCCAAGACUCCAGCCAGCUCUCCUUUGGAAGUUGAAAAAACCAAGGCCUUGCCUCAGAAACAAAUAAAAACAGUAUCUAACACCUGUGUGACAAUGCACACGACUAAGGCCUCUCCCUGUGGAAAAGUGACUGAGGGAAGGAAGUUGUCCUCACAGGCACUCCUGAAGACCGAUGUUGUGAAGGUCCAAUCCCAGGUGUUUGUACCUGUAGAAACAGCUGUGAUCCUGCCCCAGGAACCAGUGACCACAUGUCCAGCCAAGAGCCAGCCCCAGGCACAGCUGGCCACAUAUCCAACCACAACCUUAUCUCAGACACAUCCACUUGCUGAACUGACCAAGGUCCUGUCCCAGGGACAUCCAUCAACCAAGCUGGCCACUGCCCUGGCCCAGUCACCUCUGGGAGCAUGUCUAUCCAAGGUGCAGUCUCAGGGAGACAUGCCCCCCAAGUUGGCCAAGGCCCCAUCCCUGGCUCACCUGGGCACAUGUCUGACCAAGGCACAGUCCCAGGCACAUUUGGUCACAGGAGUGAUGAAGGUCCAGUCCCAAGCAUAUCUGCCCAUCCAACUGACCAAGGCACAGUCCCAGGCCCAGCUGGUCACAGAAACAGCCAAGUGCCUUUAUGCAGCCCAUCAGCCUGCUGAGCUGAGCAGCAAGACCCAGUCUCAGCCUCUUUUGGCUGGAUUGAAGGCCUCCACCCAGCCCUGCCAGCCGGUUGGCUGCGCUCUGCCCCAAGCCAAGUUGGAUGAUAGACUGACCCAGCUCCCAGUCAACAGCUACACUCAGGCCAAGACCACCCAGGACCCAUGCCAAGGGGGCCCUGAGACCCAGAGCAUGCUGGUGCCACUGCUGGCAUCCGCUGGACACCCCACCUGCAAUGUGGAAUCUUGGGGCGACAGUGGGAAGGUCCGGGCCCAGUCCUCCACAGCCAGCCCGGCCACGCCCUGUCAGGAGGAACUAGCGGCCUCGCAACUUGCCUCUCUGUGUGCUGAGCUGGCGGCUGUGCUGGGCUCCCAUGAGGACCUCCGCACCCUGCUGGCCAAAGCCCUGUCUCAGGGGGAAGUACGGACGGUCCUGAACCAGGCUUUGUCUAAGGAAGUCCUGACAACCACUAUGACCAAGGCCCUGCCCCAGGGCAUGCUGGGUACGGCGCUGGUGAAAGCACUCUCCUGGGGUGAACUGGGCAUUGCCCUGUCCCGUGCUUUGUCCAGGGGUGAGCUGCGGGCCGAACUUACCAAGGCUAUGCAAGGAAAACUGGCCGAAGUGCUCAGCAAAGCCCUGACGGAGGAGGAGCGUGCGGCCCUGAGCCAGGCCCUGUGUCAGGGCGAGCUGGGAGCUGUCCUGGGCCAGUCUUUGUCUCAGGCAGCCCUGAGGACUGGAGUCAUACUCCCCAAGGCCACCUCAAAAUUGGGAAGUGGAAUGACUAUGAUGCCAACCCCGGUGGAGGUGGACUACAGGGGGAGCCAGUCAGCCCCAUGGGGGCCCACCCUGUGUCCUGUGAGACCACAGCCCAGCAAGGUUAGGGUUCCUGAAGAUGGGGUCUGGGAGGGUUGUAUCCAAGGCUGUCCCACUGGGUUCUUGGCGGAGAUGGGGGAUGGGGUCAUGCUUAUGGGGUCAUCCUGCUGGUCAGUGGUCUCUGUGUGUGCCUCCUCCCGUGGUAGAGUAAUUGCUACCGUCCAUCAGUGUCCCCUGAGCACAACCUUGGGCCCCACUUUGUCAUGGGGGCCAAGGUCCUGCAAGUACGCCACCUCAAACCUGUCUCUGAGCCCCAAGGCCAAUGAGAAAAAUGCGUACCUUCUCCUUGGGGCCAGCAAAUUGGCAAGAGACUCGGCACCCAAAUUGCCCAAAUCACCACACCCACAGCCUCCUCCCAGUCUAUGGCAGCCUCUCAUUGCCAAUGGGGCGGGCCCAAGUACCAGCCAGCCAUCAGUGGCUAGUGGCCCGGGACCAAGGUCCCACAAACCACACAUGGUCAGCAGGGUGGCCCCACAUUCAUGGGUGUCAUCUGGGGCAAGUCUGGGGACCCCAGGCAAACUUCCUGCCACUUCAGGCAAUGGGAGUCCUGCCCAUACCCACCAGUGUGCGGCGGGCUAUGUGGGGGCUGCUUGCUGGUGUCGGCCCUCUAAUGUGUGUCGAACCUUAGUGGUCAAAGGUCCAGAACAACAAUCACCCAUGGUCCCUGAGGGGACCGUGCAGAGUACCCAGCCCCCAAAUCAUAAAUGGGCUCAUGUGGGCACUAGGGAGAUAAACAAUAAGGUGACCCCAAGUCCACCACUGGCUGUGAAGAAGAGAAAAAUGCCCCUAACCCAACCACAGGCCUCCGCGGCCUGUGACAAAAGUCCCAGUGUCUCCAUGGCUUCUGACCAGCACUGUGCCCUGAAGAGUCAGCUAGACCCCAGCCUGUUCACAGCCUCGGCGGGCAGCAGGUUAGCACCCUCCCUUCCCUGGGCAGCUCUACCCAGGAAAGGGAGGACUCGGACUCGGACUUCCAUUCCAGGCAUAAAAUGCCCACAGGACCACAUGCCUGGCCACAUACUCAGUGAACUCACGGUCAGUUUGUCACAGGGUUCAGACUGUGACGUGACCGGUAGCUUCUCCCAGGGCUCCGUCGCCCAAGGCCCAAAUGUGAGCAGCUCCCAGAGCUCAGCGUGGAGCUGCAGCUCACUCAGCCCUUCCACCAUGUCUGUGGCUGGCCUGACUGCGGUCGCCCAGGGAGAGGAGGGGUCCUGGGAGGCCAGCCUGGGCAGGAACCUGCAGCUAGAAAGUCCUCUCACUUCAGAGGCCCUAGGAAGGGUCCAGGGGCCUGGGGAAGUGAAAGUGGCUGAGAGAGGGGCCCAUAGGCCUCUGAUCCCCACUCUCCACCACCAGUCUGCUCCAGCCUCAGAAACGAUCCCUAUUCUGAACUGCAAUUCAGUACCCAGUUGUGUGACCUUCAGUGUCCACUGGGGCUCAGCUGAUCAGGACGACAUAAAUAUAGGCUCAGAUCAAUGUUCUGUGGGCUGGAAUAAGAGCUCUCCCCAGGGCCCCUGUAAGACAGGGCUGAGGAGAAGUUUGUCUUUGGGUGAUUUGGUCCUUACCAAACAUCAGCACUCCUCUGUGGCCAGUAGAUUGACCUCAAACCUAUACCAGCCAGUGACUGGUAAGGUGGGCCCCACCUUAAACCAACCUUAUAUGGCCAUUGAGGUGACCCCAAGUUUAUCCUAUCCCUCUAUAUCCCGUAAGGGGAUCCCCUGUCUAGGCCACUCUUCAAAGGCUACUCAGGUGGCCUUCAGCGUAAGCCAGAUAUCAGGGGUCAGUGGGGUGCCCCCUAGUGGAAAUCAGGCAGAAAGUACCAGUGAGGUUGGCUCAGGCCCUGCCCAGCCAUCUGUGACCAGUGGGGUGAAUCCCACCCUAGCCCAACCAUCUAAGGCCAGUGAGUCAGCCCCCUACCUAUCCCAAUCAUCUGUGAUCAGUGGGUUGAACCCCAGCUCAGCUCAGUCAUCUGUGAUUGACAGGGUGACCCCCAGUGUAGCCCAGGCAUCUGUGAGUGGUGGGGUGGCUCCCAGUCUAACUCAGGCAUCUGUGAUUGGUGGGGUGGCCCCCAGUCUAACCCAGACAUCUGUGAGUGAUAGGGUGACCCCCAGUGUAGCCCAAGCAUCUGUGAGUGGUGGGGUAGCCUCCAGCUCAGUCGAGUUAUCUGUGACUGGUGGGGUGACCCCGAGUCUAUCCCAGCCAUCUGAGAGUGGUGAGGUAGCUUCCAGCUUAGCCCAACCAUCUGUGACUAGUGCGGUGGCCCCUAGUCUAGCUCAGCCAUCUAUGAUUAGUGUGGUGGCCCCCAACCUAGCCCAGCCAUCUGUGACUGGUGAGGUGCCCCCUAGCCUAACCCAGCCAUUUAUGACUAUUGGAGUGGUUCCCCAUCUAGUUCAGCCAUCUAUGACUGAUGGGGUGGCCCUCAGCCUAACCUUGCCAACUAUGACUGGUGGUGUGGGUGGCCUAGGCCACCCAUCCAUGGUCAGUGGAGUGAUGCCUAAUCUUGUCCAGCCAUCUGUGACUGGUAGGGUAUUCCCCAGCCUAGUCCAAUCAUCUAUGACCAGUGGGGUGGCUCCUAGCCUAGAAUACCCAGCCCUGGUCUGUGGGGUGACACACAGCCUGGCCAAGCCACCUGUGGCCAGUAGGGGGUCCCCAAGGCUGAUCCAUCCAUCAGUAACCACUAGGCGGACCUCCAGGACAUCCCAGCCUUCUACUGUCAGUGGCAUGGGCCGUGUUCUCAGACAGCCAAGAGUGGCCCCUCAGGUGGGCUCAAAUCUGUCAUCAAGUAUCAGUUCGGUGACCUGGCGCCAGCAUCAUCCGUCCUUUCUGGUUGAAGUCAGUUCUAGCAGGCCAUAUCCUUCUGCAACUGGAAGCAUGGCCCAGGGUCCGAGCCAGCCCUCCGUGAACACUGGGGUGGACACAUGUAAAAGUCCUCUGAUGCUCAGUGGGGUCACCUCCAACCUCCAGGCUCCUGAGUUCAACGAGCUGUCCCUGAGGUUUCAUCAGCCACUUGAUGUGGGGAGACAUGUACCCGUAGCUGAACACUCUGCAAUCACUAUUUCAGUACCAAAUAUCUAUCCGGCCUCUGUGGCCAGUGGGGAGUCUGGUCUAGGCCAGGAAUCUGGUGUAUCCCAAGGAAUUCAGUUCAGAGGCUUGGCUGCCAGCAUGUCCCAUGGUGCCACAACAGCUGGCGUGCUCCCAAAUAUGUCUCAGGGGACCUUGACGGCUGGCAUGGUAAGGAAUGUGUGCCAGAGAAAUGUGGUGACUGGUAUGGGCCAAUCUGAGGUGGCAGGUGACAUAGUUCCCAUCACAUCGCAGGCCUCUGCGGCAGGUGUUCCUUUGAUUCCUGAACAAAUCUCAGAGAUGUGUCCCAGGUUCCCUUGGGCGUCAGUGCCCGAUGGAAUCAGUAUGAGUUCAUCCAGUUUUCCUCUGGCUGGUGUGUGUCCCAACAUGUCUCAGGUCAGUGGUGAUCUCCCAGUCCAUGUGGACCAACAGCAUCCUCCUGUGUCCACCACUGUCACAGCCAAUUACCAACAAACCAAUGCUGUCAGCCAGGAGUCUGUGUUGGGCAAAGUCAGAGAUCUUGUGUCAGGUUCUGCAGCCAGUAAGAGGACCAUGGCCAUGGACCCAGGCACUGUGGCCAGCGGCAUGGCCCCCAGCCUUAGUCCAAAGUCUAUGAUCAGGAACAUGGGCAAAAGUGCUCCUCCCAGGUCAAGGGUCAGUGCUGUGGCCCCAGGCCUUCCACCAGAUUAUACAGUCAACAGUGAGGUUGCCCAGUGCCUUCCCCCAGGGUAUGCCCAGUGCCUUCCCCCAGGGUAUGCCCAGUGCCUUCAUCCCGGGUCUAUGGUUAGUGGCAUAGGUCAGGGACUGCUCCCAGGAUCUGUGAUUGGUGGCAUAAACCAGUGUCUUCCUCCAGGGUCUGUGACUGGUGGUAUUAGCCAGUGCUCUCCUCCAGGGCCUGUAGUCAGUGGCAUUGGCCAGUACCUCCCCCCAGGGUCUGUGAUCAAUGGCAUUGGCCAGGGCCUCCCCCCAGGGUCUGGGAUCAGUGGCAUUGUCCAGUGCUUUCCCCCAGGGUCUGUGAGCAGUGGCGUUGGCCAAGGCCUUCCCCCAGAAUCUGUGGUUGGUGGGACAGCUCAGCUCAUUCACCCAGGUGCUGCAGUGAGUGGCACGGCCAAGACCCUGCCUCCAGCUCCUGUGGUGAGUGGGCUGGGUCAGAGAGUCCCUUCUAACUUGAUGGCCUCUACUAUGCUCCCAGCAUCUAUGACUGGGGGGGUGAAUCAGGGCCUGGAUGUGGGGCCCAUGGCCCCUGCAAGCAGAAGCAUGAACCAGAGCCCUCCCCAGGGGUCCAUGCUGAUUGGCAUCACUCCACGCCCUUACCUUGGAGCUCUGGCUGGGGAAGGAACUGCAAGCCCCAUCAGGGCAUCCCAUAAUAUGGGCCUGGCACAAGCUCAUCCCCAAACCUUGGAGGCUAGUGGCACAGCCAAGGAUGUGAACCAAGAGUCCAUGGUUCUGCAGAGAGCUGAGCAGUUGAACCAAAUACUAGGGAUAAUGCCAUUUGAAACCACAGAUGGUCAGAUAAUGGUGAAGCCAGAUGACCAGGAGGAGGGUUUGUCCCAAGAAUGUGGAUGCAGUGUGGGGUCUGAUAAGCCUGUGAUCCUUGAGGGAACCCCAUGGAUGUACCUUAACCCCAUGGUGACUGACCUUGACUCUAGCCCUGAACUCUUGGCUGAGGAUGGCGCUCUUCCCAUAGGCCACAGGCCCCUGCUGCAGGAGGUAGUUCCUAGGCAAGUCAAGUCUAUGGCCAGUGGACUGGCCCCUGGCCCCCCGCAACACUCAAGUUUUGUCAAGAACUCCAUGGCUGGCAAUGUCGCCAUAACUCUGCAGCAUGAGUCAGCAACCAUUUGUGGAGUCCCCAGCUCCCACUCUGUGGCUGUUAGUAGGGUCCCUAGUGCACAGAGGGCAUCUGUCAAGGACACUGGGGACUCCUUGGUUCGUCAGGAGGCACCUGUGGGUCCAGUUAUGUCCCAAAGCCCCUCAGCUCAUCAGCAGGCAUCAGGGGUCCCCAUUGUGUCUCAGAGCCCAUCGGGGCACCAGAGGGUGCUGGUGGGCCCUGCGAUGUCCAUGGCUCCUGCGGUUCCCCAGCACCCCUCAGCUCAUCAGCAGGUACCAGUGGCCCCUGUGGCUCACCAGAGUCCCGCAGUGCUCCGACAGGUGUCAGUGGCACACAUCGAGCCCUGGAGUGGUUCCCAUGGAAUGGUGGGUUCUCCUGAUGUCUCUCGGCCAUCCAAGUUAGCCCAUGGCCGUUCUGUGGCACCUAGUAUGCACACAAAAUCUGUGAUCGGGAUGAGGACCCCGAGCCCUUCCCAGAGGCUAGGGACCACCGACUUGGCCUCACAAAUGCCUCCGUAUCCAUCCAGGGCUAGCGGGGCAGCAGCGGGCAGGCUCCAGACAGAAACCAUCCCCAGUGCCCUCCAGAAGCCAGUGUCUGGGGGCCUGACUCCCAGGAGACACGAGUCCGUUCGCCCUUGGAAAUCCUAUAAAUCCAUACAUAGUGGCCUCGUUCCAGAAAUCCUAGACAGUUCUGUGGCUAAGACUGUGCCCUCCCAUUCAGGGAGGGAGAGUGCCUCCAGGUCCCCAUUGGUUGGUUCCAAAUGCUUCACAGGGGCACCGCCAGGCUUAAUGCCAAUCAUCCACACUGAGGGGAAAGCACGUGGCCCGGCUACCUCUAAGCUGCAUGGGGGGGUUCGGAAGGUGUCUCUGGGCUAUGCGUCCACACCAAAUGGUUCCCGGCGGUCCCUUUUAAGACAGGAGUCACUGCUGGAGUCUUUGGACUCCAAGGUUUCUGCGGCCCAUCCCAAGGCAUCCCUGACUCCUGCUGUACUCCAGGGCCCCGUGGAUGCUGGCAUGGCUGGUGGUCAAGCACGGAACUCCACUGCCCCCACUGUAGCAGUUGGGCCCGUGAGCGGCACUGUGGCCCCUGGUGGCGCGUGGGAGCCACCCAGGGGGAUUGUGCCGUGGGGCACCGCGGGCAGCGAGGCAGCGGUGGAUCCCAGACAGUCCGAUCAGCUCAUGGCAUCGGUGCAGGCUGUGGAAAAGAUAAUCAUUCAAGCCGUGAUCACCAUCCAGGCGUGUGCACGCGGCUACCUGGUGCGCCGAACCAUCAAAGUGUGGCACCAGUGGGCUGUCAUCAUCCAGGCUGCCUGGCGGGGCUACUGCGUGCGGCGGGACCUGCUCCGGCUCACCAAAGCUGCCACGAUCAUCCAGGCCGCGUGGCGAGGCUUCCACUUCCGCCACAGUCAGGCCUGCCAGAUGCUACACCCGAGCAUGUGGGUGGAGACGGGCAGUGGGACCAGGGCUAUGUCCGAUCACCGCUGCUUCCAGUCUUGCCAGCCACACAUCUGUACCCUGUGUCAGUCACUGACUUCUGGACUGGGAAGCACACCCAGCGUGGUGAUGCUUGUGGGUUCCAGCCCCCGCACCUGCCAUAAGUGUGGCCAGACCCUGCCCACUCGGGUGGUACAUGGCAUGGGCCAGGGAGGUUCAGGCCUGGCGUUGGGCCACAGCAGGCACCUCAUCCCCCGGACCUCUCAGCACCCCCAUUGCCAGAACAAGGCGGCCAUCGCCAUCCAGGCUGCUUGGAGGGGCUUCUUGGUGCGCCGCCAGCUGAGGCAACAGCAGCAGGCAGCCAAGAUGCUCCAAGCGACCUGGCGCGGACACCGGACCAGGUCCUCCCUCAGCACGGAUGCGCUCUUGGGGUCAGCAUCAUGGGACAACCCACAGCACAUGCAGUGGCCUGGUGUCUAGGACUCCGACUGCCAAGUGGGGGGACACCAGAGGAGAGGGUGUGUGGUUCUCUGAGUCUAAUGAAUAAAGCCCUCCCACAGCCUGGCUUUUGAUCACCUGUGCUCAUGGGACAUCUUGGGUGUAGUAGGGGGAAAGUUGGGGGAGUCGGGAUCACCCUGCAUAGGA